GCCCGAGAGAUUCGAAGAGGAUGGAAGUCAGUUUACAGUACUGAGAGCGAAAGAGAGAGAGAGACAGAGCGAGAGAGGGGGUGAUUAGUGCUAGUCUGCAUCUUGGCAACAGUCUCUUUUAUCUCGGAAUAGACCUCUGAUUGUGUUGGUUGAUUUGUUUAACUUUUAUAUGAUCAGUUCUUUCGUAAGCCUAGGAGUAUUGUGUUCUUUUCCUGCGAGAAAGACUUCCAGGAAUGGAGUCGAUACCCAAUCAAAUACCAGCGGGACUAGAUUCCAGCUCUUCCCCCAGCUCUAAGCAGGACGUCCAGCCCUUCUCCAGUCCCAGCUCCCUGAAGCCUAACCAAGUCAGUGAGACCGCGUUGUAUGGAGUGCACAUCGUCUCUUUGGUCAUAGAUGGCCAGGAAAGACUUUGCUUGGCUCAGAUAUCCAACACAUUGCUAAAGAACUACAGUUACAACGAAAUCCAUAACCGACGCGUUGCCCUUGGAAUCACCUGCGUCCAGUGCACGCCGGUCCAGCUCGAGAUACUGAGGCGCGCUGGCGCGAUGCCAAUCUCCUCGAGGCGCUGCGGUAUGAUCACCAAGCGCGAGGCGGAGAGGCUAUGCAAAUCUUUCCUCGGUGCUCACAAUCCGCCCAAGUUACCCGAAAAUUUCGCAUUUGACGUCUCUCAUGAAUGCGCAUGGGGAAGCAGAGGUAGCUUCAUACCGGCAAGGUAUAAUAGCUCAAGGGCCAAGUGUAUUAAAUGCACAUAUUGCAACAUGUAUUUUUCCCCGAAUAAAUUCAUAUUCCACUCACAUCGCACUCCUGAGUCGAAGUAUACACAACCAGACGCAGCAAACUUUAAUUCGUGGAGGCGUCAUCUCAAACUAACAGACAAAAACUCAGCAGAUGAUGUGGCCCACGCAUGGGAGGAUGUCAAAGCGAUGUUCAAUGGGGGGAGUCGUAAGAGGACGCUACCUAUGACCGGGUCACCCAUGUCUUCUCCUUUGAAGUCACAUUCCUCCAGUAACCCAACCCAAAGAAGUUCUCCUGAUGUACCCCAUAAAACGUUGCGCUGUGACGAAGACCGAGGUAACAUCAGUCUGGCAAAUGGUGUCCGGAACUACCCGGUGAUCCCCGUGCCCAGCAAGAGCUUUGGGAUGCUUCAGAAGAUCCCACCGCCCCUUUUCCCCCACCCUUAUGGGUUCCCUGCGUUUGGACUGUGUCAAAAGAAGGAUGACGGAGUUGGAGAGCCAAAUAAAACCAACGUAUCGGGUGUCUUUUGGCCAGGCGCAAAGGACAGUAUCUAUCCCUCUUUCCCCAUGUUUUGGCCUACAGCAAGCGGCCUACCGAUGCCACCGUAUCAACAGUCACCGCCCAAACCGCAGUCAGAACUCUUAAGUGUCCGGCAGAAUGAGCUCGAGUUAUCGGAUCAAAGUGACAGGUGCGUAACCACACCCAAGGAUGGUUUCCUCGACAGCGAGCGCUGCUCCAGCUCACAGUCCACCCGGAACGACGACGAUAAAUCCGGCGACGAGACCCGGUCGAUGGAAGGACCCCCCACAACUCCACGUAAGAUAAGUUACAUCUCUGCGUUCAGACCAGUGGUGAAAGACGCUGAGAGCAUUGCAAAGCUGUACGGCAACAGGGACACGUACAACGGCGUACGCUCUGGUUACCUAUCCCCAGAUUUCAUAAGUGAAAGUUCUAGCUAUAGAUCUAUGUCCCCGGAUGUAGAUAGCGCGGACGACCCAGACGUUGACGUGGAGUCAAACAGGGCACAAGAGGAUGAAGAAUCAGUCCAACUGUCAGUGGAGGACCGUCAGAGUCCCAUGCCCUUGAACCAAGCCCAUUCCGGGCCUGAAGAUAGUCAAGAGCUGGGGACAAGUCCAAGACCUUCCCCGGAAAAUCCCAACACUGGGUCUUCUGAUGACGAGAGACAGGGAGACCAGGGGUCAGACCGCAAUGAUACACCUGUUUACGAAGUGUACACACGUGAAAAGGACAGACACAUGCCUUUAAGCAGUCUAUCUACGUUUGGAUUAAAACAUAGCGGCCCAAUGCAAUCGAAAGGUGGCCUCCAUGUUUCCGACCAACAUAAGCCACGUUCUCCCACAACAGACAAUGUUCCACAGAGAGUGUAUCCGAACCAAGGGAAGGAAAGUCCACUUUGUGAUGGGACGUUACGUCAGCAUGAUGUCAGUAGAAUCCCCCAAAAAGACAUCGAAAACAUGGCUAAAGAGGAACUUCAGAAACAACUUGUAGAACAAGUGGAGCUCAGAAAAAAGUUGGAACGCGAAUUUCAAAGUUUGAAAGAUAAUUUUCAGGAUCAAAUGAAGAGGGAACUGUCCUACAGGGAAGAGAUGGUCCAACAGCUUCAGAUUGUCCGAGACACUUUGUGCAGCGAGUUGGAUCAAGAAAGAAAGGCGCGUUAUGCAAUACAACAGAAGCUUAAAGAAGCUCACGACGCGCUGCACCAUUUCUCUUGCAAGAUGCUCACCCCUCGUCACUGUACUGGAGCUUGUGCUUUCAAACCCCCUUUACUGCCCCCCUGAGAACCACGAGAACCUCAUCCAACCCUGGUACAGCUCACUGCAACCAAAAAAAAGGGACACCGGGCACAAGUAGUCACAGUGUGUCCGCGACGUCUUCACCUUGGGCCUCUCUCACCGGUCAUCCAAGGACUCACCAUGUACACACUACAUACAGGAGCCACAAACGCUAGCUCUGUUGAUUUAGCACAGAAGAAUUGGGACGUGGAGGUUAAGAGAACUGCAUCUUCCGUUGAAAAGAACUCUUGAGCUAGAAGGUACACCCCACACUAAACUACUGUUCAUUGUAUGUUUUCUAUUUCUAGGCAGUUAUCAAGUUGUGAAGAGCUCUUGAUAUGGACUUGGCAAGUCCUUUUGAAUCAUAAUCGAUUGCUCUUUAGAUAUCCUGAAAAGAAAAUAUAUAUAUAUACGUAUAUAUAAUUAUGUGGAGAUGUGCAAUGAGUUGUAUAUUGUGAUAUUUCAUAUGUAACACUAACCCCAUAAUUUAGAGUUAUUUUGUGUGUUUUUUUUUUACCACAUUAUGUAUGUGUUUUUACAUGUAUUUAUUUAAUGUAUUUAAUUCAGUUGUUGAUGUGUUCUGUCCAUAUGAAACAUUCCACAAUGUAUUUUGAUGUGAAGCACUUUAAAUGGGCCUCAUUAGUACUGAUAUGGACCACACUAAUAAUAAAUACAGAAAACCCCUUAGGCAUCUAAUGGAUGAAAUGCUCUCCCUUCUAACUUUUGGAUCUUUGUGAUCCACUUUUACACAAAUGCUCUAAUCCUAACACAAAAAUAAGCCUUGAUGUCUAGUCCUUGAUUAGGCUAUUGAAUUGUGCGAAUGCCUAGGCAGAUAUAACAACAGGCAUAUCCCCUUUGGGUCACCAGCAUGAGGAUUGGGGAACUAAUGCUCUAACGACACUGAAAACUAUUUUAGCACUUAUUUCACAAUAACCAAUGAACUUUCAACCUUGAGCUAAUUAGACUGAAGGCUCAGUUUGCCUGAGAUGACAGACAAAAGGGUAAUGCAUGGUGACAGUGUAUCAGAAUGUUCAUUGUCUCUCUUAGUAGAUAUCUUUAAGUAAAUACCACGUUGUCUGUUCACUGUACAUUUCUUCUCGUAUGAUUUGGGUGUCUGUGCAGUUAUGAGACCAGGUUUCGAAUGAUUCUUGGAACCCUACCGUACAUUUAGAAAACCACAAAGAGAAACCAAACUAUUUGUUGUGUAUUUAAUUACAUUUAUAUAUUUUCUCAUUACAAUCCUUUGUGCAUGGCAAGAGUUAUGAGUGUGGAUGAGAUCCAAUGAAACCCAGACGCCACCUAGAGACUUGAAACUACACAAGACUGUGUGACUGUAAAUUCUAUGUUGUGCAGUUGAUUUGUAUAACCGCUCAUUUUUUGAUUUCCAAUUGAUCAAUUCCAAGCAAGUUGAUGUUGAUAUUUUCCACAAUCUAUAUGACCUUCAAAUUCCUGCUGUGGCCCCAUUAACAGCCAAUAUCUCUAAUGUAUGUAUAAAUAAC